AUGGAUUCAGCAGCAGAUUCAGUGUCUAAAUCCGGUAAAAUGGGGGGACAAGUUUGCCAGAUCUGCAGUGAUAAUGUUGGUCUGACUGCUGAUAGUGAACCCUUUGUUGCUUGCCAUGUUUGUGCAUUUCCUGUUUGCCGUCCAUGUUACGAAUACGAGAGAAAAGAUGGUACCCAAUCUUGUCCUCAAUGCAAGACCAAGUACAAGAGGCAUAAAGGAAGCCCUCCAAUUGCUGGGGAAGAAGUGGAAGAUGCUGGUGCCAAUAAUGUAGCAAACAAUUCAAAUCAUACGGCAGGGACACAAGGUGAGAAGUAUAAGAAGGCAGAGCGAACGCUGAGUUGGGAUACAAAUUAUAGCCGAGGGGAGGACGUGGCACCCCCCAACUAUGAUAAAGAAGUCCCCCUUAACCAUAUUCCUUUUCUCACCAAUGGCAGUUCGGUUUCUGGGGAGUUAUCUGCUGCAUCUCCUGCAAGAAUCUCAAUGGCAUCUCCUGAAAGUGGGAUCAGGGGAAAGGGUAUGGAUCUAAUCCAUUAUGCAGAAGGCACCAUUUUAUUUUGGUUUGCUGCUGGAUGCUACAACGAAGUGAUAAGUUUUUUUUCCACAGGUAACAUUAGGUUGGCUGAUCCAGCAAGAGAGUUUGGGUCAUCAGGGUUUGGCAAUGUAGCCUGGAAGGAGAGGAUUGAUGGUUGGAAGAUAAAGCCCGAGAAGAAUGCAGUUCCAAUGAGUGUUAGUAAUGCCCCUUCUGAAGGCAGGGGAGGUGGAGAUUUUGAUGCCAGCACUGAUGUAGUUAUGGAUGAUUCUAUUUUAAAUGAUGAAGCCCGCCAGCCUUUAUCAAGAAAAGUCUCAGUUCCUUCCUCUAGGAUCAACCCUUAUAGGAUGGUUAUUGUUUUGCGGCUCAUUAUUCUCUGCAUUUUCCUGCACUAUCGUAUAACAAAUCCAGUUCGCAAUGCCUAUGCUUUGUGGUUGAUAUCUGUGAUUUGUGAGAUAUGGUUUGCAAUAUCAUGGAUAUUGGAUCAGUUCCCUAAAUGGCUUCCUGUGAACCGUGAGACAUAUCUUGACAGGCUGGCUUUGAGAUAUGACCGAGAAGGAGAGCCAUCCCAGUUGGCUGCUGUUGACAUAUUCGUCAGUACAGUUGACCCUCUGAAGGAACCUCCACUUGUCACAGCCAAUACAGUCCUAUCCAUUCUUGCAGUUGACUACCCAGUCGACAAAGUUUCAUGCUAUGUUUCAGAUGAUGGUGCUGCUAUGUUAACAUUUGAAGCUCUGUCUGAAACGUCAGAAUUUGCUAGAAAAUGGGUUCCUUUCUGCAAGAAAUACAGCAUUGAACCACGAGCGCCAGAAUGGUAUUUUUCACAAAAGAUUGACUACCUAAAGGAUAAGGUUCAACCAGCUUUUGUCAAGGAACGCAGAGCUAUGAAGAGAGAAUAUGAAGAGUUUAAAGUUCGUAUUAAUGGACUUGUUGCAAAAGCACAGAAAGUUCCUGAUGAAGGAUGGGUCAUGCAAGAUGGCACUCCUUGGCCUGGAAAUAACACCAGGGAUCAUCCUGGAAUGAUCCAGGUUUUCUUAGGUCAUAGUGGAGGACUUGAUUCUGACGGUAAUGAGCUUCCACGAUUAGUCUAUGUGUCUCGUGAGAAGCGUCCUGGAUUUCUGCAUCACAAGAAGGCUGGUGCUAUGAAUGCACUGGUGCGUGUUUCAGCAGUUCUCACCAAUGGACCAUUCUUGUUGAAUCUUGAUUGUGAUCAUUACAUAAAUAACAGCAAGGCAUUGCGAGAAGCUAUGUGUUUCAUGAUGGAUCCCAAUCUUGGAAAGUCAGUUUGUUAUGUACAGUUUCCCCAAAGAUUUGACGGGAUAGAUAAAAAUGAUCGUUAUGCCAAUCGUAACACUGUUUUCUUCGAUAUAAAUUUAAGAGGCCUGGACGGAAUUCAAGGCCCUGUAUAUGUGGGUACGGGGUGUGUCUUCAACAGAACUGCCCUAUACGGGUAUGAACCUCCUCUCAAGCCUAAGCAUAAAAAACCAGGACUACUUUCUUCAUGCUUUGGUGGAUCACGAAAGAAGAUUUCUAAAACAAGUAGAAAGGAUGCCAAUAAGAAGAAAUCAGGAAAGAAUGUGAAUUCUACUGUGCCAAUAUAUAAUCUAGAAGAUAUAGAAGAAGGGGUAGAAGGAGCUGGAUUCAAUGAUGAGAACUCACUGCUUAUGUCACAGAUGACCCUAGAGAAAAAGUUUGGUCAAUCAGCAGUUUUUGUUGCUUCAACACUUAUGGAAAAUGGUGGGGUUCCACAGUCUGCAACUCCAGAAUCCCUUCUUAAAGAAGCUAUUCAUGUCAUUAGCUGUGGAUAUGAGGAUACGACAGAUUGGGGAAGUGAGAUAGGAUGGAUCUAUGGUUCAGUUACAGAGGAUAUCCUCACAGGAUUCAAGAUGCAUGCUCGUGGGUGGAGAUCAAUCUAUUGCAUGCCACAACGCCCUGCCUUUAAAGGAUCUGCUCCUAUUAACCUUUCAGAUCGUUUGAAUCAAGUGCUUCGAUGGGCUUUAGGUUCAGUUGAAAUUCUACUCAGUCGCCAUUGCCCCAUAUGGUAUGGGUACGGUGGAAGGUUGAAAUGGCUUGAAAGAUUUGCUUAUAUCAAUACCACUAUUUACCCAAUUACAGCCAUUCCCCUUCUUGCCUACUGCACAUUGCCUGCAGUCUGUCUGCUCACUGGGAAGUUUAUUAUUCCACAGAUCAGUAAUAUUGCAAGCAUAUGGUUCAUAUCUCUCUUUCUUUCAAUCUUCGCCACCGGUAUAUUGGAGAUGAGAUGGAGUGGGGUAGGGAUUGACGAAUGGUGGAGAAAUGAACAGUUUUGGGUUAUUGGGGGUGUAUCAGCUCACCUGUUUGCCGUGUUCCAGGGUCUUCUGAAGGUCCUUGCUGGCAUUGAUACCAAUUUUACUGUCACUUCCAAAGCAUCUGAUGAAGAUGGAGAUUUUGCUGAGCUCUAUCUGUUCAAGUGGACUACCCUACUUAUUCCUCCAACCACCCUCCUGAUAAUUAAUCUUGUUGGAGUGGUUGCUGGAGUCUCCUAUGCUAUCAACAGUGGUUAUCAAUCUUGGGGUCCUCUCUUUGGCAAACUGUUUUUUGCUUUUUGGGUGAUUAUUCAUCUGUAUCCAUUCCUUAAGGGUCUGAUGGGACGGCAGAAUCGGAUGCCUACAAUUGUUGUUGUGUGGGCAAUUCUCCUUGCUUCUAUCUUCUCACUUCUAUGGGUUCGAAUUGACCCAUUUACCACUCAGGUGACUGGCCCUGAUGUCGAACAGUGUGGAAUCAACUGCUAGAGGAACAUAUAGAUCAGAGGGAGAACAUAAUAGCAACAUGGUGGAAAAAACGUGAGUUUUUUCAGAUAUCCUUAAAUAGCAAAAGAUGGAUGGUAGUUGUUACGAGCUUUGUUAUUGCUUGAAUUGGAAUCUUUAUUACUUUGCAGGGCAAAAAAGAAGAAAAACUCUGGGUUCUAAGUUGAACCCAUUAAUUAUUUGAUAUUUCAUUUUUUUUAAACCUUAUUGAGCUUUUUACUUUUGAAAAACAUUAUACCAUGAUUGGUUGAUGGAGUUGAGAUUGGUCAAUUUUCUAUUAUCAUGUUGUAUGAAUAAGAAAAUGAUUGUUACAUUUUUCCUUCCAA